GGUUGAUAAGCGAGGAUAGCGUGAACGAAAUCGGGACAGAAGUUGCAGUGAUGGUAACUCGAGCGAAUCAGCGACGAAUACCCCCAAAAUUCGUGGAACAAUAAUAAUAUCUCAUUGUUAAAUUGAAAAAAAUAAAUAAAACAGCCUGGACUAUUGUGUGGAGAAUUUUUUUCUGUUAUCAUCGAUGCGUCGAAAGGCGAAAUAUCCAUGGGCGCGCACUGCAGUUUGCGCGAAUGUCGUGUUGAGUGAUAAUCCAUAGAAAGACCGAGACUGUUUAUUGGUUCUGAUAAAUUCAAUUGAAGAUACUUAAUUGAAGUGAAUAAAGAAUCUCCGAUGGAAAUACAUCCGGGUCUGGUGGAGCGAGGCCGUCCCCAGGACACCACCAGGGAGGACGGGCUCGCCAUCGAUAUUUAACGAAUAACGAAUCUAGCUAUCUAAUUGUCAAUCGUCUAAAAUAAUGUUGUAAUUGAUAAAUACCGGAAACUAUGGUUGUUGCCAGUGGGGCCUACUCAAUCCACAUCGGUUCCAAUACAGAACCACAACCAGAACCACGCACGCGUCACUCGUACUCCUGCGUGCAUUAAAUAUCAUAAUUGUUAUUUUUUCAAAUAAUUCAUAAAGGAAUUUAACAUAAUUUCACAUGACGAUUUGAGGAAUUUCGGGUGGAGGGGACGGUGUGUAGUUUAUUUAACAUAUCCAAUCGAGCCACUAAACAAAUCCAAUCAUUUCAACAAUUCGCAGGAUUUUUUUACCCCAAUAAUUCGAAUCAUUUGAAAUUUAUUGUGACAAAAAAAUAGCCACCGUGUCAGUGUCAAAUCCCUGCUGAUCUGCUUACCCUGCCAAAACGUUUCCAAAAUCCUAAUAACCGUAUUUAUAAUGAAAGGGACCACCAGCCAGCCUCAAAUAAAUCGAUGCAAACGAUGUAAAGGCUUCACAAAUCACAGCAGCCACACAAACAGAAAGAAAAAAAUUAAAAAUUGUUCAAGUAACUAUAGUGUAGAGCGAGUAAUUAGAAUAAUCCUGCUUAUCUUUGCUUCUUCACCCACUGACCUGCAUUGAAUUCCGCUCGAUUUGACCCUAUCACAAAACCAUACCCCAUACCCCAUACUCCAUUCACAAUAUCCCUCGACCUACUCAAUUCCGCAGAAAUGAGUCCCCUUUUCUAUACACACACUAUCAGUUAUCGCUUGUCCGCAUUGCCCCUAUUUGUAAAUAAGAGUGAAAAAAAAAGACCCAAGAAAAUUGUUCCCUUUGGUGUUUCGUGCUGAAAGCACUUGACCUCUUCUUCACACUAAUCGACCACCAAGAAACGUCGAUAAAACCCCCAUUUUCAUUUGUUUUAGAAAAUCAUUAACACUUAUUAUCAACAGUUGAGUACAUUCUAUUAGCCAGUUGAAAAGAUGUUCAUAGAUGUAGAUAAUCGCUUUAGGAUGCUUUUGAUGCUUACACCCGUCAGUAGGAACACUAUUAAUUCAGUGUUUUAUCUGGAAAUUGUUGCGCAAGAAACCUAAUUAGUCUUUUACCAAUAAUCCUGAUGGAUUAUUAAAACACCAAAUUUCAAAUAAAAUGCAGCAAUUUCUUCCUAAAAUCACUCCAACUAAAAAUAAUAAAAAAAUUUGAUCCCAUAGUAGAAAUCAAAAGCCUAGGCAUUUUUGAACGAUAAAAUUUUGCAGAAUGAAGAGAAAUGAACGAGCUUUACUCUUAACGGUGAGUCGCCUGUCCCGGCGGCGUUAAAGCGGGAAGAAAUCACUGGAGAGAUUGAGAAUUUGAAAAAAAAGAAGGGAAAAAAUUAGAAAAAAAAAUGUAUGCUGCGGCGGGUGGUGCGAGUAUAGCAAAGCGGCGAAAUCAAAAACGCCUGCAGCUGAAUAAGCAGCGUCUGGAGGCAACACACACAGCAGCAGUGAAAAAAGCAACGAGUAUACCAUCAGGAGCAUCGGGAAAAGCCCGUACCCACUUAGCACCCCAUCAGCCACAGCCACAUCCACAGCCACAGUCCCAGCUACAAGCACAGACAGCAAGUCCGUACCACUCGUCGCAUUGCAAUCAUGCUCAUGGGGGUAAUCGACGUAGGAGACAUGAAAAACUAACACCCAAUCGUUUGGCACCGCCUGUAUCACCGAUAUUCCCUAUAUCACCACCACCGCUAUCACUGGAAUCACAAAACUCCGUAACGCAUCCACUCAAGUCUAGCAAUUUUCCCUUUCCGCCGCCCUCGUUUCUCGAUCUCAGUUCACCAUCACCUUCUGAGCUACAGUGCGGAGGCCAGGGACCAGGGAAAGCGGCUUGGCAAGGCUGCAGCAGACCAUCACCGCUUCCUCUCUCUCCGGCAUCCCCACACGGAUCGCGUGAUGGAUACAAGACCAAACAAUGCGAAGCGCACAGAAGAUGGAUGAGGAGGAACAGGAUACGAGACGCGAGCUACUGCUAUGGAAGCAGUGGAGAAGAUGACGACGAGGAAGGAAGUCUGACAAAUCGUCGUCGUGGGGAGGUGAACGCGGCCUUCAAUACAGUCCUGUACGCUGGCCUUGGCACAACAGCUUUGGGUCUGGUGAUCUCAUUUGUUGGGACCGGUGAAAAGGGCUUCCUCAGUCCUGAAUUGAGACUGGUAGGGCCAACCCUCCUCUGUGCUGGUCUUCUUUGCUGUCUCCUUCGCGUUCUUCUGUGCAUAUGUCUGUGUCGUUGCUGCGGUGACUGCAGAUGGACACCAUGUCGUGUUGUUAUCGUUGACAAGGAUAAAAUGAAAAAACUCGAACCAACAUCAACAACAUUGCUCCCCCAAUCGAGUCAACAACCAACAACAACAGUUACCAAACCGACAAGAACACCUAGUGCAACAGCCUCAUCAUCAAACCCUCCAGUCAGGGCUCACGAACUACUACUCUCCCCCGCCCAGUUGCCAGAGUGAGAUUAUUAUUCCUUUUAUUUCAUUUAUUUCUUCUCGACGAACAAUUUUUUACCUCUAAAGAUGAAACAAGGAAACUGACAAGUCGUUGAAUAAAUGAAUAAAUAAACUACUGCCGGUUUUGCCCCAAUACUUACGUGGCUGCUUCGUGUCGAUAUUUCACCUCGAUCAAGUUGCAGAAUUGUGAGACGAGAGAGAAAACAUUUAGAAUAGUUUAAUAUGAAUUUUAGUGCUUUAAUGGAGUUACAAUAAAGGAUCGGCUAAUUUUUUCUA